UAAGCCAAUGUUGACUGUGUAAGAGAGGGGGAGAAGAAGUGGGAGGAGCUAGUUAGCCAUGGAGGAGGAGGAGGAGGAAGAGGAGGAGGAGGAGGAGGGAGUGGUGGAGAUCUAUGCGGCUGAUCAGGACAAGAAAGGCAAAGCGAAAAGAUCCGAGAGGAGAUUAUUAUUUGAUGGAUUGGAUUUGAACAAGGAGGUGUUCUGUGAGGGGAGGGAAGAAGGAGGAGGAGGAGGAGAAGGAGGAGAUGAUGAUGAUAGAGGUAGCAUCACUGAUGAAGUCGCCGGCGGGAACAGCUCGAGCAACAACAAGGACGAGGACGACGACGAGGACAAAGGCGAAGGAGAAGAUCAGCUAGGGGCGGCGAGGGUGAGGCAGUACAACCGUUCGAAGAUGCCGAGGCUGCGGUGGACUCCGGAUCUUCAUCUCUCCUUUGUCCAUGCAGUGGAGAGGCUUGGAGGGCCAGAUAGAGCAACCCCAAAAUUGGUACUCCAGGCCAUGAACGUGAAGGGGCUGAGCAUAGCUCACGUCAAGAGUCACUUGCAGAUGUAUCGAAGCAAGAAGCUGGAUCAAGUGUGGCCAGAGAAAUCACCCUUUCUUCCAGCUGCUGCUUCUCCAAGUGGAACGUGUUUGAGUAGAGGAUAUGAUAAUUUUUAUUACACAAGAAGUACAGCUGCUGAUAAUUGUUCAUAUCUGCAUGAGACAAUUUUAUAUCCAAGAACUGCUCCAAUAAUCCACUCCUAUGGCAUGGAGAACAGUGUCCGUUAUCAAUCAAGGAACCUUCAUGACACAGACCACUUUUACAGCCUUAGACUAAACCCUCAGCUGGAUCUUCAAUACGCCAACUUUAGAUUGCAAGACUACAUGCUCAACCAUCCGCCUGUCAUGAGUCUCAACUAUUUGGGAUCCACAUUUAGUCAUGUGGAUCGAUCGGCUGCCACCCGGCACGAGAAGCCAUCCUCAUCGGUGUCCGGUUCGUAUGAUCGUAAAACCCUAAUUGCGGGAAGGCACUGCCUCGAGCGGCUAGAGGGGUCUGACCUUAAUGUGGAGUCGGAAGUUGACCUGAGGCUAAGCUUGGGGAGGAACUCAGUGGAUGAAGAAGGAAAAGGGAAGAAGAGACUCAGAGAAGAAGAGGUGAAGAGUUUAAGAUUAGGGCAUGGAUCUUUAGAUCUCACCAUAUCCUAAUUAAUGGUGUUCAUAUGCAUGGAAUUUAAUUUGAGUUCAAUAUUCCUGCCCUAUCAAUAUUGUU